GGGUCUUUUACUCACUACGCCAAAUGAUCAAAAGUCAGAGAGAGAGAGAGUCGGAGAGAGAGAGAUUUGUAGUACUGUGAAUACAUAGAGAGAAAAAGAUACUCCUGCUUGUUCUGCUUCCCCUUCGCUUUCAAUUAGCUUGCACUUACAGCUACACUUAUAUACAUACAUGUCCAGUAAGAUUUUGUGAGCAGAGGCUUCUCUUCAUUUGGAAGUUUCAACAACUGGGUUCUACUCAAAUUCUUCGUUUUGUUGCUGGCUGAUCCGGGUUUUCAUUUUCUUGGCUUUUCUUCAAUUCUUUUGUCAAUUAAUUUUUCAAUUUCUCACUACAUUUUCCUGUCUCCAUCUCUCCUUUUCUUCAACUCUAAUCCUGUCUGGUCUUGAAUUGUCUGUAAUUCAGUUUUUUAAUAAAGCUUGAAAAGCAAAGCAAAGAUUCAAUGGGGGCUUUUCUUUUUCUCACAGACUGAUGUUUUUCAAAUCAAAGUUUGAUUCUUGUAUACUUUAGUAAAACCCCUUUUCUUUGUGUCUAUAAUUUGAAAAUAUAUCUGCUUUAUUGGGGUUUUCUUGUUGUUAGUGAUGUAAGGCAGUUUGAUUAUGAUAUGGUGAAGCUUUUGCUAUUGAUUAAUUCUGGUUUGUAGUCCAGUUGUUAGAUCAAAGCCAUUAGAUAAAAUGCAUCUUUCAUUGUGGAAGCCAAUUUCACACUGUGCUUCUUCAAUCUUCUUUGACAAAAGGAGUAGAAAAGAUGAUGAUUCUGAUUAUUCGCCUGAGGGAAUUAAAAGAAACCCAUCAGCUCUUAUACGAUUGCAAGAGCACAAGCUGCGAGAAGCGCUUGAUGAAGCAUCUGAGAAGGGGUCACUUGUCAAGUCCCAAGUUAUGGAUUCAGAAGCUGUGGAUAAUCAAGAACAAGAGUUGGGUCGAUCACGCUCACUCGCUAGGUUGAGUGCUCAGAAGGAAUUUCUUAAAGCCACUGCUCUUGCUGCACAGCACGCGUAUGAAACAAGGGACUCUAUUCCAGACCUUGAUGAGUCAUUCUCAAAGUUCCUCACAAUGUAUCCCAAGUAUCAGUCUUCGGAGAAGAUUGAUCAGCUGAGGUUGGAUGAGUAUGCACAUUUAUCUGAUAGUGUGCCUAAGGUAUGCCUCGACUACUGUGGAUUUGGGCUUUUUUCAUUUCUGCAAACUGUUCAUUAUUGGGAAUCUUCGACGUUUAGCUUGUCCGAGAUAACUGCAAAUUUAGGGAAUCAUGUUCUGUAUGGUGGUGCCGAGAAAGGCACCAUGGAACAUGAUAUAAAAACUAGAAUUAUGGAUUAUCUGAACAUCCCUGAGAAUGAAUAUGGUCUAGUUUUUACUGUGAGUAGAGGGUCUGCUUUCAAACUGUUAGCUGACUCGUACCCUUUCCAGACAAAUAAAAAGUUGUUAACAAUGUAUGAUCAUGAGAGUCAGUCUGUAAACAUGAUGGCUCAAUCUGCUAAAGACAAAGGUGCGAAAGUUUAUAGUUCUUGGUUUAAGUGGCCAACCCUGAAACCAUGUUCAACUGAUCUGAGAAAGCAAAUUACUAUUAAAAAGAAGAAAAAGAAAGACUCUGCUUCUGGCCUUUUCGCAUUUCCGGUCCAAUCUAGAGUUACAGGGGCCAAGUAUUCUUAUCAGUGGAUGGCACUGGCUCAGCAGAACAAUUGGCAUGUCUUACUCGAUGCUGGAGCAUUGGGUCCAAAGGACAUGGAUUCUCUCGGAUUAUCUUUGUUCCGGCCUGACUUCAUUAUUACUUCGUUCUACAGAGUAUUUGGGUAUGAUCCAACUGGAUUUGGUUGUCUUCUCAUAAAAAAAUCUGCUAUGGGAAGCCUUCAAAAUCAGUCAGGGCAUGCUGGCUCUGGCAUAGUGAAAAUCACUCCAGAGUUUCCUUUGUACCUGAGUGACUCAAUUGAUGAUCUUCAUGGGUUGACUGGAAUUGAGGAUGAUGAAUAUUGUGGAAAUAGUGAAUUAACAUCAGACACUCGUGUAGGAACAAAUAUGCCCGCCUUUUCUGGUGCAUACUCCUCUGCUCAGGUCAGGGAUGUAUUUGAAGUCGAGAUGGAACAUGACAACAGCUCCGACAGAGAUGGGGCUAGCACUAUACUUGAAGAAACCGAUAGUGUCUGUGUUGGAGAGGUGAUGAGGAGUCCAGUCUUUAGUGAAGAUGAAUCAUCAGAUAACUCAUUGUGGAUUGAUUUGGGUCAGAGUCCUUUGGGGUCUGAUAAUACUAACCACCAGAGUGGAGAGAAGGGAGCCUCUCCAUUGCCUCCGUUUUGGUUUAGUGGAAGAAACAAAAAAAAACAUGUUCCGUCAAUGCAAAUUUCAAAGAUAUCUGACAAUCCAAUAUAUGACGACCAAGACGAGUCUCAUGAUGCUCACAUGCUAUCAUCAGAUGUUGCUUGUCGAUUAGUAUCUAUAAGAGGGGAUGAUGUGAAGGAGAUUGGUGGAAGGCAUUUUGCAGAUACAAGAUCCGCACAAAAUGGCCGAAGUAAGUCAGAUUAUCAACAUGCUUCUGAGAUUGAGAUAGAAUAUGAAGCUGGCAAUCCUGUUAAAUUGUCAAAUUUAGCUCAAAACAACUCGGUCUCUGAUAUAUGUCCUGAGAUAAAAGAGAGUGCUAUACGGAGAGAGACGGAAGGUGAAUUCAGGUUACUGGGAAGGAGGGAAGGAAAUAAAUUUUCUGGUAGUAGAUUUAUAGGCAUUGAAGAAACUGAACAGGCUGGGAGUAGGGGAAGAAGAGUAUCCUUUAGGAUUGAAGUUGAUCAUAAAGCACAAUCCCUCUAUCCUUCUGAACAUAGAGAAUUCUCUGUAACAAGCCUGGAUGAUGAUUACUCGAGCGAUGAAUACGCUGAUGAGCAAGACUCAGGUAGGAGAGAACCUGAGAUAAAGUGUAGCCAUCUUGAUCAUGUAAACAUGUCAGGUCUCAACGUGACCACUCUACGCCUUCGAUAUUUGGUCAAUUGGCUUGUGACAUCACUUCUUCAAUUAAAAUUUCCUGAAUUCAAUGGAAAUGAUCCUAUGCCGUUGGUUUACAUCUAUGGUCCUAAAAUUAAAUAUGAACGAGGAGCAUCUGUGGCAUUCAAUGUGAGAGACAGAAAUGGAGGUCUAACUAAUCCAGAAGUGGUCCAGAAGUAUGCCGACUUAAAUGGUAUAUCUCUCGGCAUUGGCAUCCUCAGUCAUGUACGUAUUCUGGAAAGCUCAGGGCAGCAACAUGGUGGUGGUCUAAAUUGUAAAGAUACUGCUCUGUGCAGGCCAAUGGAAAGUGGGCAGCAAGAUGGAAAAAAUGGGUUUAUUAAAGGUGAAGUUGUCACUGCCUCGCUGGGCUUUCUUACAAAUUUUGAUGAUGUAUACAAGUUAUGGGCUUUUGUAGCUAAGUUUCUUGAUCCAUCUUUUAUUAAAGAUGAUGGGCUAUCAACCGUAGUGGAGAGUGAAGAGGGUUGAGAAACAAGUGUUGCAGACGUUCAAGAAUUUCAUUUGAAGAAAUAGAUGAAUUUGUAUUUCAUGGUUCAACAUUAGAUGUUACUGGGUUUGUUCAAGUGGAUACCCUUGUUCAUUAGUGUUUGUUUGUAGACAGGUGAACUCAUUUUAUAUUAUAAAUUUAGAGUUGGCUUUAGAAACUAGUACUUGUCCUGGGAAAGGCAUGCUGCAUCUUAAGUUUGAAAUGGGGAUGAUGACUAUCCUCAGUUUGUAAAUUUUUUGCUGUUUGGACCAGAGUGUUCUUACUUUUGUAUAAAAUUGAGCUUGUAUUACUUA